AAACACAAAACCCUUUGGGAAUUCUAAGUUUUAGUGCGAGACCACGUUUCUUCUUUUCGUUUUACCACCAUGUCAGCCGCUACUUCUGAUCUUCUACUGCAUGUCUGCAUUGUGGAGAAAACCCCUUCUGCGAUCAUGCAAAUUGAAUUCUACAUCAACGUCACUGGUUUUCAACAACUUUCUUAUCAACAUGUAUGACAAAUGCGGAAGUUUUGUGGAUGCUUGCAAAGUGUUCAACCAAAUGACUCAACCAAACGUUUCCUCAUGGAAUGUCAUAAUCUCAGCUCACAGGCGGCGUGGAUUUCCUCAGCGGGCAUUGGCAUUGUUUAGCGAAAUGCAAUCGAGAGCUAUCCAACCUGAUCACUUCACUAUUUCCGCCAUUCUCCCUGUUUGCGCGGAACUGGCAUCUGUAAAACAUGGUUUGCAAAUCCAUGGAAAAAUAAUUCGAUAUCGAUUUCAAUCUAAUGUCAUUGUAAUGAAUGCUUUGAUAGAUAUGUAUGCGAAAUGUGGAAACCUGCAGAAGGCACGCGAACUGUUCGACAAAAUGCCGGAGGCAGAUGUUGUGUCAUGGGAUAUUAUGAUUGCAGGGUACGCACAUAAUGGUGUUUUUCACCAGGCAUUCAUAAUGUUUCGCCAAAUGCAGAAAGCUUCCAUCCAACCUAAUCUCUCCACCUUGUCGAGUAUAUUAAAUGUAGGUGUCCAGGUGUCAUCUCUAAAACAUGGUGUGCAAAUACAUGGAAAGAUCAUUAGACAUCAAUUUCAAUCUGAUGCUGUUGUGAUGAAAGCUGUUACAGACAUGUAUGCAAAAUGUGGAAGCAUGCAGAAGACACACGAACUGUUUGACAAAAUGCAUGAUGAAGAUGUGAUUUCAUGGAAUGCUAUGAUUACAGGAUAUGCUCAAAAUGACGUUUUCCACAACUUUCUUAUCGACAUGUAUGACAAGUGCGGAAGUGUUGUUGAUGCUUGCAAAGUGUUCAACCUAAUGACUCAACCAGACGUUUUCUCAUGGAAUAUCAUAAUUUCAGCUCACAGAAGGCAUGGAUUUCCUCAGCAAGCGUUGGCAUUGUUUAGCAAAAUGCAUUCAAGAGCUAUACAACCCGAUCACUUCACAAUAACAGCUAUUCUCCCUGUUUGUGCGGAACUGGCAUCUGUAAAACAUGGUUUGCAAAUCCAUGGAAAAAUCAUUAGAUGUGGACUUCAAUCUAAUGUCAUUGUAAUGAAUACUUUGAUGGAUAUGUACGCGAAAUGUGGAAACAUGCACAAAGCACGCGAACUGUUUGACAAAAUGCUGGAGGCAGAUGUUGUUUCAUGGGAUACUAUGAUUGCAGGGUACGCACAUAAUGGUGUUUUUUACCAGGCAUUCACGCUGUUUUGCCAAAUGCAGAAAACUUCCGUCCAACCUAAUCACUUCACCUUGUCAAUUAUUUUAUCUGUUAGUGCCCAGGUGGCAUCUCUAAAACAUGGUGUGCAAAUCCAUGGAAAAAUCGUUAGACAUGGAUUUCAAUUUGAUACUAUUGUGACGAGUGCUCUUAUAGACAUGUAUGCAAAAUGUGGAAGGAUGCAGAAGGCACACGAACUGUUUGACAAAAUGCAUAAUCCAGAUGUGGUUUCAUGGAAUGCUAUGAUUACAGGAUAUGCUCAAAAUGGCGUUCUAGACGAGGCUUUGAGGCUUUUUAACGAAAUGCCUCAACGAAGUGUAGUCUCUUGGAAUGCAAUUAUUGCUGGAUGUGCACAAAAUGAGCUUGUUGGAAAAGCCAUGAUGGUUUUUGAGGAAAUGCAGAUGGUGGGCAUAAAGCCAAACUCAACAACCUAUGCCACCAUCCUACCACUGUGUGCCAAAAUGGGAGCUUUGCAGCAGGGUAUAGAAAUCCAUCAAAAAAUAAUUGAACAUGGUUUCCUUUUAGAUGUUGUAGUUGUAACCAUGCUGAUAGACAUGUAUGCAAAAUGUGGCAGAAUACAGAAGGCAUGCAAGUUGUUUGACAAAAUGCAUAACAUAAAUGAGGUGACAGGGAAUGUGAUGAUUACAGGAUAUGUUCAAAAUGGUAUUAUUCAUGAGGCUUUAAGAAUUUUCGAAGAAAUGCCUCACCAUGACGUGGCCUCAUGGACUGCCCUCAUUUCUGGAUAUGCACAAAAGAUGAUUAAUGGAAAAGCCUUGGAGAUUUUUAAGAAAAUGCAGUUGGCAGAUGUAAUGCCAGGCUCAUCAACCUUUACCAGCAUCCUCCAAGUUUGUACUAGACUUGGAGAUUUGAAAAACGGUAUGGAAAUCCAUCAAAAAAUAAUUGAAAGUAAUUAUUUAUCGGAUGUUGUUGCUGUGACUGCCCUGAUAGAAAUGUAUGCAAAAUGUGGCAGCAUGCAAAAGGCAUACAGAUUGUUUGACAAAAUACCUCAACGAGAUGUGGCUUCAUGGAAUGCAAUUAUUUAUGUACAUGCACAAAAUGGGCUCAUGGAACAAGCCUUGGAAUUUUUUAAGCAAAUGCAAUUGGAAAGUGUGGAGCCAAACUCGGCAACCUUUGCCAGCGUCAUCUCAGCAUGUGCCAAAAUGGGAGCUUUGCAGCAGGGUAAAGAGGUCCAUCGGAAAAUCAUUGAAUGCGGUUUCCUUUCAAAUAUUAUAAUUGUGAAUUCCCUGAUCAACAUGUAUGAAAACUUAGCACCAUAAAGAAGGAAAAUAUAUCGUUUGAUUAAACCCACCAUCCAGAUCUACCUCAUGCAUCCCAAGGCUAUGGCAACGAUGUCCUCAAAUUCUUAACUAAUGAAGAAAGGUUUGUUUGUGUUUAAUUCGCAUGCAGUCAUUCCAGUCUGAUCGAUGAUGGCUGUAAUAGCUUCAAGUUCAUGAGUGGCUCCCAUCCCUUAGAUUGGAACUCUAUGGAUUGAUGGUUGGCCUUCUUGGUGUUGCUGGCAAUCAUGAGGAAGCCGUAAAUUUUAUCAUCAAGCUGCCUGCAAAACCUGUCGUUUUUGCUUGCACAUGCUUGCUUGGUACUUUAAAUUCAGUUAGAAUAUAGUGCUAGAAGAAAUUUUGGCUAUACUCCUUUAUGAUUAGAUCCUACAGAUGCUGAACCUUAUGUUCUUCUGUUAAACAUUGGACCGUGAGAGCUGUAGUAACCGCCACAUUGCAAACAACUUUAUAUUCAAGAUUGUUGCAAGAGAAAUUGCUGUGAAAGCUGCAAACCGGUUGCAUCAUUUCAUACAUGUGCCAUGUUAUUGUGAAGCUCAUUGGUGAUUGUUGAAAAGUAUGAACCAGUUAGCAUUUGCACCUAAGAAUUCCCAUUAGCGUGCUGGGUAUUCCACCAUUGUACUACCAACUUGUUAGAGGUUCUAUUUUUAGUGGACUGACCUGCAAUAUUCCCAAGCCACACACUGUGACACCAUUGUGAAAGAAGAGAUCAGCUAGGAAUCAAAUUAAGGGCCUCCAAUCAGCAUGCUAUUAAAACAGAAACGCGCCAUGACAAGCUGCAUUGUUUCAGGCUUGUAGUGGAAGUCUGUGCAGAUGGAGACUUAAAAGCUGGACGAGGAGUUGCGAGAAUGGAACUACCUACAGGAGGAAUGUAUGAAGGAAAUGGAAAGUACUCAGCCAGCAGCAAAUGUAUGGGAAGAGUGGACGUUUGAUUCAAUGCUUGGAAGUUUGAAUAAGUGGGCGAAAAUUAUGUACUUAGGGCCAUUUAUUAGUACAGUGAUCUCACAAAAAAUGAAAAGGAGGAACUUACAAGGAUGAAGAACUCGUGGAACAAUGUGAUUGGAGACCUUGUUAGGAUACAGAGGAACAUUGUAGUUAUAGAUUAUUCUAUGACCAAACUGGAUAUUUUCUUCAUGAGCUGCAAUCCGAACAGCUGCUAGUUAUGUCUUUCAUGUAACAAACUAUGUAUCAGGAAGUAUCACUUAAAGGGCGUGGAAUAUAAAUCUAUCAGUAAUGAACUUCCGUACUGAUUUCAA